AUGCAACAAAUCAUGAUCGGGAAUCAGUACGCAGUGAAAACAAGCAACGCCAGCGGGCAGUUCGUGAAUGUGCGCUUCGCUUCAAAACUCAAAGAAUCGAGAUCGUGGGCUUGGGAGGAUUAUGCUGAGGGACGCCCUUGGGAGGUUUUCACGAAGGUCAGCCUUUCUCGAGGAGCCGUCAGCGCGAUUCUCGCACUAAUAAUUGGCGAAAUCAAGCUGGCACUCCAGCAUUCUGACGAUGACCACAUGUCGAAGUCCCUCGAGCUCCUCGUCAGAUCCUUGGAGAGCGGCGAUUUAGAACUUCACGUCGAGUCUGGGAAAGAAUGGGUCCGAGCUCUCAACCAAGAGGUUGACACAUACAUGGGCUUCAUGGAAAACUACCGCGAUCCGAAGAACCUUCAAUUGGAAUACUCAAGCUUCGUCGGGAUCGAGGAUCGUAACCGUUCGAGAGCUUUCCGGGAGUUGACGACGCGGAGCGCUGAGCUGACAUCCAAGCUGCCAUGGAGAAGAGAUUUCGAGCCUGACGUACAGCAGCAGGGAGAUGUGAAAUCAUUUUCGUCCCUCGUUGUAACAUCGUACGUUGCCAACGUGCCUCCAAGAGGAGUCAACUUGCCGAAUUAUGAGGAAGCAAAGCUCGUUGGACAAAAAAACUUCAACCUCGCUAAUGUGGUUGAGGGCAAGGCAAAUUUCCUCACGUUGGCUUUCCUAAACGAAGAAGACUCAGAACUCUUACGGAGAUUCUACGUCGAGGCCUUUACAAUAAAGGUGGGCAUUCACGAGCUCCUGGGCCAUGGGUCCGGUUUGCUACUGCGGAAGGAUGAGACCGGGAAGCCGAAUUUCGACGAGAAUCUCAUCGAUCCCACUACGAACUCCAAAGCAAGUCAUUGGUACACCCCCGGCGCAACAUUUGCCUCGGUAUUCGGGAGCAUCGCGUCGGCUUACGAGGAAUUGCGCGCCAACAGCAUUGCUCUCUACCUUGCCUGCGACCCCGAAGUCAUGACAAUCUUCGGCCAUGAGGGACAGCAGGCUAAAGAGGUCUGCUUGGCUGUUUACCUUAGCCAGGUAUUCAAAGGACUCACGGCCUUGUCGUACUACGACGCCAAGGCUGGGUGGCUCUCCGCGCAUGCACAGUCAGAGUUUGUGAUUUUGAGAGCUCUGAUGGAGCGACUGCCGAGCUUCAUCGAUUUCGAAGACGUCGGACACGAUGACAUCAAAAUCUCGAUCAACCGGACUUUGAUUCCGGCGGCUGCCGUCGAGGCCUUUGCGGACUUCGUUCAGAAGAUCCAAAUCUACCGCCUGACCGCGAAUCACCAAGCGGGGACGAAACUCUUCCGAACGUAUUCGGAGGUUGACGAGAAAUGGAGCAAAUUACGUGAAGUUGUCGUAGCCAAGAAAGCAGGUGUUAUCGAACCGUCAUUCGUUCAGGGAAACAUCAUCCAACGUGGAGGGAAUGGAGCUCCCGUGGCUUAUAAGUGGAUUGACUACCCUGCCUCUUGCGAAGGAUUGCUACUUUCUUGGAAAGAACGAUUCAGCCGCGACGAACUGCGAGCUAUCCAAAGAGCGGUUGAGGAGUACAUGGCGGAAGACAUUUGAAAGCUCGAAGGAUCUCGAAAUGAACUCAGAAUUGUGGAGGCAAGGGAUCGCGAUCUUGUGGUGCUUCCCUGCGAAUCGAGCCAUCAUCGUUGCACGAAGCUUGGGGCCUCGGAAGCUGGCCGCAAAAAUGUACCUAGGCGCGAGCUACGCGAUCAUUGUUGAAAUCAUAUUGAGG